AAGGAAGGGAGCCUUAUUGUGGAAGGUAUCGGGGCCAGCAAGGCAGCCAGGUUAAUGGUGUUAUCAUUGUAUUAUAGAGUGCAAUCUGUAAAGGGAGGGUCAUAUUUAAUAUUCUAUUACCUCGUUAUGUCUAUCUUAGAUGUGUGAUUUACUAAGCUCUCCAUCCCAUGUGUGAUACUGAAAACAUAUUUAUUAGUUUAACAUAAAGUUGGUGAUUAUUUGCUAGACUUUGAAUCUAUCUUUGGGAUAUCUGGGUUUAAUUUAAGACUUAGCUUGUAAUUUACACAAUAAAAACCAAACAACCAAGGCAAGAGUAUCCUCUAAACUCUGAAUUGUCAUUAAAAUAGACAGGCUGUGUCAAAUAGCUCUGUUCCAGAUAUUGUUUUUCCUCUCAAUCUCUGUUUGUGUACAUUUUGCAUUUUGGAUUUCAGUGUUACUUGAAUUUUCACGUUUUAUGGUAAACAUAGACAAACAGAAACAAUUAUCAAUAUGUUUUUUUGGUUUGUUUGUCUUUGCCCAAAAUGUAAAACUUACUUUGGGCUAAAAUAGCCGGGCUGUGACUAGAGCUGGUUUGGAGAAAUCCUUCAGCUUGGCUAUGUGUGUGUAAAUUUUGCGACCACGGUUACAAUUGGAUUUUAGUCAAUGACCCAGGAAUGUAUACGCUAAACAUUGGAUUGCUGCAAGUUCAAAAAUUGCCUAAAGCUGAUUUGAAACUUGUUUUGAAUCACUUGUCGGUAAAAGUGUAUUUUAGCUUAUUUUAUCAUUUACCAUUUUGUUUCUGAGAUAUUGGACCCAGUUACUGCUAAGAGUUCGCAUUACAAUUUUUCUAAGAUAUUUACUUUUAAUGAAAACAUGCUGGUUUUUACUUUAAUUAUGACUGUUAAUAAUAUCCGCCAUUUGUUUAGUAAAAUUUAAAAAAUCAUAAAAUACGCUAAAGUACAAUUUUACCCACUUGUCUUUGCUCACAUUUUCCCUUUUGGACUUUAAUGUGCCACAAUUCAGAAUUUCGUAAAUUAACAGAAUUUUGUCUUAUCGUAGUGUGUUGCAUUUUGUUAUAUAUAAUAUUGAUAUGAUAUUUUCUGCUAACUUGUAAUUGACAUUUGUUAUUGUAUUUCAGGUGAUGUCAUUCUGUGACGCAGUCACUUACUGACUUAAUCUUUCUCUCAUGAUUACUACACAGCCGCAGGGGGUUACUCCCCCAAUCAGGUAUGUACAUUGGCUUCUUUUUAUGUGGGAACUGUUUUUUGGGGGCUGGCUGUUUUAAUUUUUGGGGGUUUUUUGGGGGGCUCUUCAGUGAAUUUUUUUUAUUUUUUUUAUUUUUAUUUUUUCUACAUUAUAGUUUUCCCCUCUGUAUUCCACCUUUUGUCUGUCCCAUUUAUUUUUUAUUUACACAAUACUAAAUGCUAAUUUGUAUAUUGUUUUUAUUCUUUUGCUUUGGGUGUUAUUUUUGUAUUAUUUUCAACAAUCUUUUGUGUAUUCCCUGCAGCCCACAGGAACUAUCACUGCAGAUCAAGACAUUCUUUAGUGGCUCAGACCCCCAUCAUGGGCAUAAGCUGAGCCCUCGUGAGCAUGCUCGAUGCUCCCUAUUACUCUUACGCUGCCUUCCUCCAGCCCGCCAUGCCGUGCUAGAACACUUGCGAUCUGUUUUUCAUGACAGCGUCUCUAACUUCUUGAAUGAGAGAGACUCUCAAGAUAACCUCCCAGCAUCCUCUUCCUCAUCUCAGCGCAGACCACCUCCCCCACCUUCAAAUCCAGGGCUAAAUGAGGUAACACAGGAAGUGCAAAAAGUAUUGGAAGAAUUCAUCAGAUUGAAUCCCCGAGCUUGGGCUCCACUCAUUUCUGCUUGGUCUAUUGAGCUCAUGGGACAGUUAAGCAGUAAACAUGCAGGCAGGCAAGGAAUGCCUCAUUCAGCCAGUCUCAAUGAAUUAUUGCAGCUAUGGAUGUCAUGUGGAGCCACUCGUGCACUUAUGGACAUUUACACACACUGCCUGUCCACAAUGAUUGGAAGUUGCCCAGAUGCUUGUGUUGAUGCCUUGUUGGAUACCUCAGUCCAGCACUCUCCACACUUUGACUGGGUGGUUGCACAUAUUGGGAACUCGUUCCCCAGCACUAUAAUUAGCCGUGUCCUGUCUUGUGGUCUAAAAGAUUUUUGUGCUCAUAGCACACCUGCUGAGGCUCCUGACAAACGUGUUCCCAAGCUGGGGUCUGUUGUUGGCAUUCUAGGACAUCUGAGCUCACGCCAUGGAUCCACUAUAAGACAGGAGAUUCUGAGAAUGUUCCACGAAAGCCUGCGUCCAGGGAGCAAGCAACAGCGGGCAACUUUACCUUACCUUCUACAGCUGGCUGCCCUUUCACCCUCUCUCUUAGGAAUUGUAUGCCAAGACCUUGUAGAUUCUUUAAAACCAGCAACAUUAGCCCAACUUCAGCAGCAUUGCUCAACCCUGCCCCGUGAAGAGCUUGAUAACAUGCUGAACUUGAGUGUUCACUUGGCAUGUCAAACAUCAGCAGGUGCUUCUCGUCUUCUACGAUUCCUUCUGGAUACAGCAAUGCCUGCUUCUGUCAUAACAACACCAGGAUUGGCUGUGCAUGAUUCUGUUAGAGAUGCUUGUGAUCGCAUUGUGAGGCUGCUGCUGCUCAGCCUUCAGAAACAAGUGUAUGGACGGCCAGGGGUGCGGGGGUCAUCUGAUACCCAACCACGAGCUGUUCCUUUCCUGGAUGCAAUGAGAGGUCAUCUCCCAGAAUUGUGUGCGGAGAUGCUGCGUUUAGAAAGAAAACGUCACCUUUGGCUUCACCAACUGCUGGGAUUACUUUGUAUAUAUAGCAGUCCAUCCUGUGCUCCAGAGGCACUAUGUUUAUUGCUCACCUUAGCUCAAAAUCCAGAGGAACUCGGUCUGGCAGUCCAGCUUCAUGCUGUUCUCUCUUCCUCGGUGCAGGGACUUGCACAUGCCGCAGUGACCCGCUGUGUGGCUCAAGUUCAUGCAGGAGCUUUAACAGAUAAGCGAGCCCUUCAACUCCUGCAAAACCUUGCACUUGUUGUGCAGAGUGAAGAGGGGGGCAUGGGUAGAGAGACAGGGCUAGCACUUUCUGAGUAUCUAUCUGAUAUUGGGCAACUCCUGCUACACACUGACCCAGGUGUGUGUGAAGCAGCUUGUACUUUGCUGUGUUGUUGUCCUCUCCCUGCUUCUCUACCACCUUCCCAACUGCACUUACUUAUUCGAUCUUCUUCCCACCUCCUUUUCCAUUCCAUGCAUUUACGUAGCAUUUCUGGGGUUAGUAGUUGUUCCCGCCUCCUACUUCGGCUGUGUAGAGUUUCUCCUGCAGGAAGAAAGGCUGUUUUACAUCAGAUAGUUGAAGGAUCCAUGCAUGAGGGAAAUGCAGGGCUCUUUGGUGGACACAGUUCUUCCUCAGCAGCCAUGAAAGAAGGUGCAGCUGCAUCCCUGUUGGAAAGUAACAGCCAUCUAGGCUCAACUGUGGACUUUUCUGGCAGUGUGUGGUCUGUUUUUCAUGCGGGUGUGAUCGGAUCUGGGCUGAAACCCGAGGAACAAAGUAGGCAGAGUGGACAACAAGAAAUUGCAGAAAACACACAGAGCCUGCUUGACCUUUUGUGCCGUUGCUGUGCCAAAAAGGGUGAGGAAGGAGGACAGCCAACAUCUUUAGACCCUGAAGCAGUUAAGACUCUGGCAGUGACAAUCACAGAAAAUGCAUGUUCUGAUGUCACAAAUAGCGAAUUGGCAUGGCCACCAGAGGAGCAUGCACGUACCACUGUGCAAAGAGACUUGCUCAUCUACAGAUGCUUCCGUCACAACCCUCUUCUUUUUCAACUCCUUCAUCUUGUUGCACAGGGUCGCCCAGCACUCUGUUAUUGUUCAGUGCUUCUCAGAGGACUACUUGCGACAUUGCUGGCACAUUGGGAGGCAUCUCGUGAAACCUCUUCUGUGAGUUCUUCUUGGCAUUUGCAGGCAUCAUGUGAGCUUGUUUCCUGCAUGGGAGAGGGUCAGUUGCUUCCACCAGCAUUAACAAAUAUGCAUGAGAUGUUUUCGCUCCUUGCUCCAUUUGAAGUACGACUACUGCUCCUCAGUGUCUGGGAAUUCAUGCGAGAAAAUGGACCUUUCCCUCAAAGAUUUGUGUUCCAGCCAGCAAAAGGAAUAUUCAGCAGAGACUUUAGCCGAGAAGGUGACCCCUCUAAAUAUAUGGGAAUAGUCCAUAGUGUCCUACACCGUAACAUUGACCGUCUAGGGCUGCUUUCCGGAAGAUUCCAGUUGUAAAGGAACAAGACAUUUUAUAGAGCUAAUUUUUUCAGAUAUAUAUAUGAUGCUUACACAGCGGGAAUUGUUUCUAAAUUGACCCUCCUAUUAAUACAUGUCCUAUUUCUUUCUAUCUUGUUAAUAGCUGAGAAACAUCACAACAUAUAUGAAAGAAGAAAGGCACCACUGAAAUGACAUCUUAUGAUGUUUUACAAUAAAAUAGUAAACAUUGAGUGCUCAUUGUGUAAUUAUUCUUUCAAUAUUACAUAGUAUAAAAUAAAAAAAUACAUAAAACCGUGGAUGAGGGAAAUUCAUCUUGCUGCGCAUCAAAAGAAAAAAAGAGCAUUGUCAAAUGCUUGUGAGACCACUACCCUUUUCUGCUGUUAAUUUUACUUGUUCAAUGUCCAAAAUAUCCAUACUGCUGUGGAAUUUAAUGUAUCUAUUAUUCCAGUUCUGCUACUUUCCCACCUUGUUCAGAUGAUAUCCCUUUUGAUGCCCUUCUUAUACUCUAUAUCCUCUAGAGUGUAAGCUCAUUUGAGCAGGGUUCUCAUCAAUCCAUUGCUCCUUUAAUGUUUUGUAAGUGUCUCCAUAUAUUGGUACAUUUUACACUUUAUAAUAUUAUGAAGCGCUGUGGAAUAAGUUUUUAUAUAUAUAUAUAUAAUUAUUGGCAUUUAUAUAGCGCUACCAUUUUACAUGUUUUUAAAAUUUCGUCUAUACAAAGGGCUAGUUUAGUUGACAGAAAAUGUGUAGGUAGAUUUUUGUACAUAAAAGCAAUAAACUGAUUGGAAACCUGGCCAGUGUAGUGGUAUCAUGGGGAAAUAUGUACUUCCAAAAUAGGGUACACUUGUGUACCAAUGAUCAAUGGCUGAAUGCAGUUCUAAACUUAAGCAAGCAGUCUGUGUUCUCUUUCCAAAUUGUUUGUGUAAUGAAAAAGUAAAAAUUCCUUAUACAAGAUUGGAGUAGGAUGGGAUGGUAUUAGGGUACUGGAUAUUCCCUUAAUGUGUCAGUCUUUUGAAAACUGAUUUUACAAAUCCUAGAGGGACAACACCGGUAGCCUUCUUACAACUGUUUAAGUUUAAUGCCAAAUUAAAUGUUGGCACCAGGGGACUCCAGACACUAUAACCAGUUUAAUGAACUGAAGCACAUACAGUGCCUACAGAGUCCCUUUAAAUUAGGAGCUGCAGUGUUGCAAUGCAAUAUAUCAAAAUUAAAAGGAAUAUAAAACCACAAUCUGCAAGAAGAUUAUGAAGUUUGCUAUAUAUGAGAGAUUUGUAAACUGUGAAAUGUUAUUGAAAAAAAGUGAGAUCAGAAGGUGACAAAAGAUGAUUUUUUGCAGAUUCAGAAUGUUCUACAAAGGUAAAAUGGAUUAAAGAGCUGUGGUCUUGCUUGGGGGAGUUCAGCAGAUGCAAGAAGGAUUAAGACAAUGUGGUCAACUCUCUUUUUUUGCAGCUGUUUAUUUGCAAGACUUUAAUUUCAAACAACACAAGACAUAUUUCAGAAGAAAAAAGUAAUUAACUUGUGUGUAUAUAUAUAUGUAUCCCAGUGGUGUGCUGCCCUAGGUAUGACAAAACUCAGGCACCCCCACCCCUCCAAAUAUCUUUUCCUGACAGACACACGCAAUCACUGAUACAUGUAUUUACAGAUAGUCAUUGUCACACACUGUUUAACCAACACACACUUUAACUGAAAUAUACACAUUCACAGAAAUACUCAUUUACAGUUACACACACAUUCAUCAACCCACACAUAUACACUAACUGACACACGCAUUCACUGACCGACACACUCACUGACAGAAAUGCAUACACACUCACUCGGUGUCGGACACCCUCACUGACUAUACACUCACAAACACAUAAACAACACUCACUGACAGACGUACUCAAUGUCAGACACACACAUUGACUGACAGACAUACACACACAUUCACUGACAGACACACAUACACACACACUGACAAACACGUAUACACUCUCACUCACAAUUUAAAAUUAAAAAAAAUUCAAGUUCAAUCCCCCCAGCCUCGUAACCUUUAGGAGUGCUGGAGUGGAUUCGUUCGUGUAGUCCAGUUGGGGCUGGCUGAAGCUCGGUAGGUAAGUACACUGCUGACACAGCCUCAUUCUGCUCAGCUCACUACUACACACCUUGUUAGAGAGUAAUCAUUCAAACUCAUACAAACCUAGCCAUCACAUACACACUAAUUACGAAUACUUAGAUACAUACAAACACACACAUACACUCACACUUCAAGUUAAAUUAGUCCCCAUUGCAGAUGAAGCAUGAUAUACUUUUAGCUGUGUGGCGCUGUCCAAUUAUAAGGAGUCAUACUGUUUAGAACUAACUUUCCUAAUGUCCUUUGGUCUUCUAUGAUAUAGGUAAAAGCCUUCUGCAUUGGGAAUCUCACUCUUGUUCAAUUUUGGACUUCAUUCAUUUGCUGGUGCUCCUAGUCACAGUGCGAAGUUAGGCAUAAUUCAUAUUGCUAAAACAGAAAUUUCAUAAAUACAUGUAUUUCAUAGAUAUUUUUGCUCAGGUAGUCUGUUAGCUAACUUCCUAGCUCAACCUAACUUCUUGUUUACCUAAUGCAAUAUUACCAAAAUAAAACCAUUUUCUCAAUGCACAGCUGUGUGUUGACUGGUGGCUCAUCAUAGUAAGCCACAUUAACCCCUUAAGGACACGUGACAUGUCAUGAUUCCCUUUUAUUCCAGACUUUUGGUCUUUAAGGGGUUAAGCACCCAAUAAACGAUCAGUAGUUUAUAAUUGGAGGGGCAUUGCUCCCAAGUUGACAGCCAGGAGGUGGUGAAUGCCCGCACCACCACUCACUUGGCUUUGCAUUGUCCCAGUGUAGCACAUGGAGAGGGGGCACAAGUUAGGUUAGAAGGAUAUGAGGAGGCGGACAGCAGAGGUGUUUUGGUAGGGUUAUCAUGGAGUAAGUCCCUCUACCAUGGCAGCUGUGCCCUUUCAAAACCAUUAAAAAAAAAUUACACAUUCCCAUGUUAUCUGUAUUGUAUGCUGUCUGUUGGGGAAAAAUAAUUGGCUAAACUGUUAGUAAAUGUGGCCCUCGUAUUGGCUGGCUUUUCUAGGAAAGUAAACCAUGAGGAUUACUGUACUAAAACAAGGUUUAGCCAGUUAUUGCUCCAUCUUGUGUGGAGCUAUAACUCUCGUGAUUGUCUCUGGCUGAGAGUUAUAGCCUGACAUCUUCCUAUUGUCUUUUUCUGCACUGCAAUGAGAGCUAUAGCCUGAAUUCUUCACAUUCUCUUUCUGCACUACGAUGAAUUCAAGAACAUCUCUCCUGAACAUGGCGUCUAAAAAAAAAAAGGGAGGGGGAGAAUGAUGUAUUAUGGAGGUAAUAACACAAAAUUGACACAUCUAAUUAGCUUAUUUUAGCUGGGAGCUGUGACGAGAUGUCAGAACCAUGUUAUCUCAUUUUCCCUAACUAGAUGACCUUUGAGACACUUGUAAUUAACCAGCAUAUCCUGAUGUUUCCAGGGCAAAAAUUGUACAGUUUGCUACUGGCAGUCUGUGACCUGAUCUUAACUGUAUGUCCUCACAACAGGUGUUAAGGUGAACCUGAUUUAAUGUUCUACCUGCGCUAGACUAGCUCAACGUUGUUGUGUCCUUGGAUGUUUUGUACAUCAUCUAUUUGGGACAAAUGCAAUUUACAAAUAAAUUAAAAACUGUCUCUGUGAAUAGAGUCCAUUACAGAGAAUGCUGAUUGUCAUGUUCCCAUUGGAUGGUUUUCUGUUGGUUGCUAAGGCAGAGCCUGCACUUCGGUAAGAUUUAGGAAUUUUCUUAAAAAUGCCAGUUUAAAGGGUAGGCUAUAAGCUGUCUGUCUUAUUUAAAGCCACUCCUCUAAGAAUUGCCAUAAUUUAUGGCCCCCUGGUCAUCCUAGGCAAUUCAUUGAUCACUUUUCCUCCUAGAUACCCAUUUCCUCUCCUCUAGUACUCCUUCCCUCAUUCUUGCAGACUUUAAUAUCCCAAUCAGCGACCCCAACUGCCUUGAUGCCUCUCGUCUGCUCUCUAUAACCUCCUCCAUUGGACUCACACAGUGGUUUAAUUCAGCAACUCAUACAGCAGAAAAUACUCUUGACCUCAUCUUUACCAAUCUCUGUAUCACCUCUGAUCUCUCCAAUGUUCCAUUUCCUCUGUCUCACCACCACCUGCUGAACUUUGACGUCGGCAAACCCCAUGCACAAAUUACACCACCCUCACCACAUCAGUCUUGCAGAAACCUCCACUGUCUUGACCUACAGCGAUUCUCCAACGCCUCCAAAGUCUACGUUCACCCAUCUUAAACCUCACCUGCCCUAACACUGCAACCUCCCUCUACAACUACACUCUCCUCUCAACUAGACAUCAUGGCACCUCUACACUUAAAUGCAGCAAGUGCUCCCAAUUACAACCUUGGCACACCAACCUGACCCGAUACCUCCAAAAAUGUUCCAGAACUGCUGAACGCUACAGGAGAAAGUGACACUCUUUGUCUCACCACCACCUGUUUCCUUGAUCUUAUUCCCUCGUAUCUCAUCCACACGUUGUCUCCUUCUCUUGCUCUGUCUCUCACUAAAAUUUUCAAUCGCUCCCUCUCCUCUGGAACAUUUUCUCUACCCUUCAAAUGUGCUACCAUAACCCCAAUUCUGUAGAAAACCUUGACCCAGUUCUCCCUCCAACUACCGCCUUAUCUCGCUACUGCCGUUUGCCUCAAAGAUCCUUGAGAGUUGUGUAUGCGAGAUUGACAGACUUCCUCGAAUCCAACUCUUGCUUGACCCACUUCAAUCUGGAUUCCGUGCUCAUCACUGUUAAAACAGCUGUGACCAAAAUAUCCAAUGAUCUUAUCACUGCAAAAUCCUCUGACCACUACUCUAUUCUAAUUUCUUCUUGACCUUUCUGCUGCUUUUGACACUGUUUAUCAUCAACAGCUUCUUCUCAUCCUACAUAAUGUCAGUCUACGAGAUACUGCUCUCUCCUGUGCUCUUCGUACCACUCCCAGCGUUCUUUUAGUGUUUCUUUCUCUGUCUCCGCCUCUUCCCCAAGGGUCUGUCCUUGGUCCCCUAUUGUUCUCAAUCUAUUCUGCCUCUCAUGGUAAACUCAUCAGCUCCUUCGGCUUCCAGUAUAAUUUCUAUGCGGAUGACAUGCAAAUUUACCUGUCCUCCUCGGAUUUCUCACCACCCCUCUUGGCUCGUGUCUCUGACUGCCUCUCUGCUAUUUCCAACUGGAUGGCUGCUCAUUUCCUUAAAAUUAAUCUGUCCAAAACAGAACUUCUGGUCUUACCUCACUCAAGUGUUGCUACUCCCUUGUUUGUUUCCCUCCAAGUCAGUGGCGCUACCAUCCGCUCUACCUCUGGGGCUUGCUGCUUAGGUGUUCUCUUUGACUCUGACCUCUCCCUUACCCCUCAUGUCCAAUCAAUCAUCAAAUCCUGCCACUUACAUCUGAAAAACAUAGCGCGUUCCCACCCCUAUUUAAUGCCUGAUACGGCUAAGGUGCUUGCCCAUGCCGCUGUCCUCUCUCACCUUGACUACUGUAAUUCGCUUCUAAGCGGUCUUACGUGUUCCCAGUUUGCCCCAUUACAGUCUAUAAUAAAUGCGGCAGCAAAGCUCAACUUCCUGUUCACCCGCACUUCCCACGCCUCCCUAUUCAGCCAGUACCUACAUUGGCUUCCCGUAAGAUUUAAGAUCCUGGUACUUGCUUACAAAUCUCUACACAUUGCUGCUCUGACCUAUGUAUCCUCACUAAUACACAAAUAUGUCCCGUCUAAGCCCUUACUCUAUGCUGGAGACCUACGUCCAGGGCCGGUGCAAGGAUUUUUGCCGCCCUAGGCAAAAGUAAAGUUUGCCGCCCCCCCCCAUGUGACAUCACAAUGCCCCACCCAUAUGAUCUGCCAUGUUAACUAACGCCAGUGCUGCAGUGGCGCCGUGUUUAUAUUAAAAGGCCUGCAGGGACAGGCUAUAGACACCAGAACCACUACAUUAAGCUGAAGUGGUUCUGGGGACUAUAGUAUUUUUAAUGUGAGGUAAAUUAGAGAUUAGUGUCACGAAUAAUAUACUAGAUUGCCUACUUACAACCAGAUGAGGAUGAUGAUGGGCUCUAGCUGCAGUCUGGCUCCACUGGUCUGGUGUAGAACAGGCUCUCUGGAGGCUGUUUGUAACUGUGGUCACAAAAUCAAUGUUCUGGGAGAACGGGAAGCAGCUCCAUUUUUUGGGGGGCCCUUUACACAGCUCAAGGUCUGGGUCCCAGGGUCCACCUUCAUGUUCCACCAAUGAGUUUGUUCACAGGGGGUGGAGUAGGGGGAUGUCCUGAUAUGUGUGUAAGGAAUGCAUUGUGUGAAAUUGUGUUUGUAUGUGUAAGGGCUGCAAGGUGUGUUUCUGUGUAUGUACGGGAUGCAGUGUGUGCGUCUGUAAGGGGUGCAUUGUGUGUAAGGGUUGCAUUGCUUGUGUGUGUGUGUGUGUGUGUGUGUGUGUGUGUAAUGCAUUGUGUGUUUUUCUGUGUGCAAGGGGUGCAUUGUGUGUGUGUGUGUGAUGGAUGUCAAUCUCUCCCCCCUCGUCUCCCCCCUUGUCCCUCUCUUCUCCCCCCUCCCUUGUCACUCUUGUCCCCCCUCCCUUGUCACUCUCUUCUCCCCUGCUUGUCCCUCUCUUCUCCCCCCUCCCUUGUCACUCUCUUCCCCCUCCCUCCCCGUCAAUUCCCCUCCCUGUCAAUUUCUUUCCCCUCCCUUUCAAUUUAUUCCCCCCUCCCUUUCAAUUUAUUCCCCCUGCACCCUCCUGUCCUUUAUUUCCCCCACCCUCCCUGUCACUUUAUUCCCCCCUUUCAAUUUAUUUCCCACCCUCCCUUUCACUUUACCCCCCACCCUCCUGUCACUUUAUUCCCCCUCCCUUUCAGUUUAUUCCCCCACCCUACCUGUCUUUAUUCCCCUUUCAAUUUAUUCAGUCUUUGUUCCCCACCUCCCUGUCACUUUGUUCCCCCACUUUCCAUUUAUUCUCCUCUCCUGUCCUUUUUCCCCCCCUUUUAUUUAUUCCCCCACCCUCCUGUCCUUUGUUCCCCUUUUUAUUCCCCCCACCUCCCUGUCCUUUAUUCCCCGCCCCUGUCACAUUCCCCCCCUCCCCUUUCAAUUUAUUCCCCCUACCCUCCCUGUCCUUUAUUCUCCUCUCCUUUCAAUUUAUUUCCCCCCCCACCCUCCCUGUCACUUUAUUCCCCAGCCCUGUCCUUUAUUCCCCCCUCUCUUUCAAUUUAAAUCCACCCCUCCCUCCCUGUCCUUUUAUUCCCCUUUCAGUUCCACUUCCCCCACCCUCCCUGUCCCUUUAUUCCCCCCACCCUCCCUGUCACUAUGUGCCGAGCUCUGUAUGGUCUGCGGGUACAGGGAGCUUUUGUUUCCUGUACCCGGCCGGACUAAAAGGAAGUGAACACUGAGUGUGCACUUCCUGUUAGUCCGUUCGGGUACAGGAGACAGAUGCUCCCUGUACCCGCGGACCAUGAUACAGGGAUCGGCCACGCUACAGUGAGGGAGUGACAGGAGGGAGCGCUGAGCGCAGGGCCGGCGCGUCCAUAAGGCGGCACAGGUGGCCGCCUUAGGGCGCACCGGCUCUGGGGGCGCAAUAUUUCAGUGACCGGCAGGAGGGAAGCUCUCCCUCCUGCCAGGCCACCUUUUGGAUCCCCGGCGCGGCGUGCGGCUGUGCUGUGAUCAGACGCGGCGAGGGAGCUCUAAUCUCCACGCUCUGCUCCCUCGCGCGCUGUCUGCUGAUACCGCGGGAGCCGGAAUAUGACGUCAUAUUCCGGCUCCCAGCCUCACUUUGCGGCGCGCGAGGGAGCUGAGCAGACCGCUCAGGGGAAGAGCUCCCUCGCCAGCCGCCCGCCCAGCAGCCACUGGACCACCAGGGAGGUAAUGAACCCCUUCCCCCCCAGCACUCCCAGAGGUAAGGAGGUGGGGGGGGGGAGUGAAUAAAAAAACAAAAGUGUUAAUGUGAGUGAGUGAGUGUGUGUCUGUUAAUGUGUGUGUUUUGUUAGUGUGUGUGUGUUUUGUUAGUGUGUGUGUCUGACUGUGUGAGUGUGUGUCUGUUAGUGUGUGUCUGACUGUCAGUGAGUGUGUGUUUGCCUGUGAGUGUGUGUGUGUGUGUGUGUCUAUUAGUGUGUGUCUGUUAAUUUGUGUGUGUUUGUUAGUGUGUGUGUGAGUUUGUGUGUGUGUGUCUGCUAGUGAGUGUUAGUGUGUAUGUGUGUGUCUGACUGUGUGUGUGUCUGCUAGUGAGUGUGUGUGUCAGUGAGUGUGUCAUUUAAUGUGUGUUAGUGUGUGAGAGUUUGUGUGUGUGUGUCUGCUAGUGAGUGUGUGUCUGACUGUUUGUCUGGUAGUGUGUGUGUGUCUGACUGUGUGUCAGUAAGUGUGUGUGUGUGUGUGUCUGACUGUGUGUGUGUCUGACUGUGUGUGUGUGUCAGUGAGUGUGUGUUUCUGUUAGCGAGUGUAUGCGGAUCUGUCAGUGAAUGUGAGUGUGUGUGCUAGUGAGUGUGUGUCUGUUAGUGUGUAUGUGUGUGUCAGUGAGUGUGUGUCAGUGAGUGUGUGUCUGACUGUGUGUGUCUGACUGUGUGUGUGUGUGUUUCUGUUAGCGAGUGUAUGUGGAUCUGUCAGUGAAUGUGUGUGUGUGUUUGUGUAUUUAGAAGGCGGGCGGGGGGAAGGGUUGGGAGGGGACUGGUGCGGUGGGGGGGGCUGCCUGAGUUUUGUCCUGCCUAGGGCAGCACAAAACCAGGAUACACCACUGACUGGACCCCAGGGAAUGAUUCAUCAUCCACACCAGCUCUCCAGGUAGGGAGGCUGGGUGGAAAAUGUUUAUUUAUUAAAAUAAUUAGUGAGUGUGUGUCUGUGUGUCUGUGAGUGACUGUCUGUGUGUGAGUGUCUGUGUGCCUGUGAGUGACUGAGUGUGUGCAUGAGUAUGUGUGUCUGUGAGUGAGUGUGUCUGUGGGUGCUUGUAUGAGUACUGCAUGUGAGUGUAUGAGUGUGGCAGUGUAUGUGUGUCUGUCAGUGUGUGUUUGUGAGUGUCUGUCAAAUCAGUGAGAAUAUCUUUGUCAUUGAGUCUGUGUGUGAGUAUCAGUGUGCCUGUCAAUGAAUGAGUGUGUGUCAGAUCAGUGAGUCUGUGUGUUUGUCAUUGAGUGUGUGUGACUGUCAGUGUGUAUACACCACUGAGUGUAGCGUGGUGGAACGCAGUACAGGAGCUUCUGUUUCCUGUACCCGGCCAGACUGACCGGAGGUGCUCACCGAGAGAGCACUCCCUGUCAGUCCGGCCAGGUGCAGAAAAUUGAAGCUCCUGUAGGGGAUAUCCUCCACUCGGCAACGCUACAAGAGAGGUAGGAGGCACACCAGGAAGGGGAGUGCGACCACUAAGGGGUGGAGGGUGCACCAAGGGACAGGGAGGGGAGGGGAGAGAAACACCAAGGGACAGGAAAAAGAGGGGAGAGCUUAGAAGAACACUAAGGGACAGGGAAGGGAGGGGACCACUAAUGGACGGGGAGAGGGGCUGGUUAAGAGGCACAUAGGUGAAGAUGUUAUUUGGGGGGGGGUGGAAAGAUACAUCUUCGCCUAUGUACCCAAAAAUCCUUGCACCGGCCCUGGCUGAGCGCUUCCCUCCUGUCAGCCCCUCUCCCCAUGCUGUGCCCGGGCGGGCAAAGCUGCAGCUGCCUGAGGCUCUCUACAGAGCGCUCGGGCGGCUGCAGCAUGAGGGGGGCGGCUGCCUAGUCCGCCUAACAGGUAGCGCCAGCCCUGCCUACGUCUAACAUCUGUUCAUAUUCCUACGUUUGAUGCUUGCUUUAAAGACUUUUCUUUCCAUACCUCCCAACAUUUCAUACGGACAGAGGAACACUUUUGUUUUAGGGGUGUGAGUGGGGGUGUUGCCAGUGGUGGCACUGUUGUGAGACAUUUUAGGAGACUUACUAACGAUUUAUGAAAAUGUAAUGUAGAGAAAAAACUUAAUUACACAAACGUAUUUGUUAACAUAUUGUAGUUUAAAGACACAUGACUGUGAGUACUGUUAUAGUGAUACUCUGUUACAGAUUUAGACACACCAAUAAUAUGGAGCUCAUAGAAAAGAUGGAUUUGGGCCCACAAUAGGGACACUUGGGAGGCAUGCUCCCCAGUUGCCACUUAUAUGUCCUUCACUUGGCUGAAGGAACUAGGAAGUGUCGCUACUCAAGAAGUGACAGUUCUGCUUUAAGUGGAUGGUUUCCUAGCCAAAUAGGGUUUUUACUAAAGUGAGAAGUGCCUAGAAUCCAAAAUAAAUUAAAAAUGUAUGGGCAAAGUCGCUGAACUAGAAGCAUGGCUGAUGGCGAAUUUUUCUAGUUUGACUACACUGGUCUAAAAGGGAACUUCCGGACAAUAACAACUGCAUCAGAAUAAAGUUGUUACGAUGCCAAGAGGUUCCAGGUGCCAGCUUAUAUUUAAGGCUUAACAAAGCUCUUCAUUUACAAAACUGCUUGCUAGAUGUACAAAUUUUUUCCAGCCAUUGUGUGAAUGGGAAAUUAUUGAUUGGGUUAGAGUAUCAGUGUCACUGCUCCUGACAUCUCUGCUUGCAUGGCUACACUUAAAUAUAGCAGCCACGCCGUCAGAGAUGCUUUAAACUUACCCGGUUUCCCUCCAUUCUGGUCCCCACCGGGUGCGACGUUCUUAGGACUGCCGCCGCUGUGGACCGGACUUUUAGAAGAAACUUCCCAUCGCCCACUUCAAAGAUGGCUCCAAUUUGCCUGCGGUGUCACGACAUAGUUGCUCCCACAUGUUUUGGGGUCAGAGGUCACAGACAUCCAAUUACAGACUAAGUAGGGUUAUUUAAACCCAAAUUACCUUUUUGUCAGUGCCCUGUCGUGGUUUCUACUAGCUGGUUAUCUGAGAGUGUGUUCCUGAUUGCGUUUUUCUGGUAUUUGACUUUGGCUUCGUAUAGACUUACCUGAUUUCUGGUAUCCUUGACUUCUGGCUUUCCUCAUCGUUGUGUCUCAUUCUGUUUCCCUACCCUGGGCAAGUAUUUUAACUAUUCUGCGGUAUGUAAGUCCGGCCAUUCUAAGGUCCGGUUAAACGUUAUCCUUAGUCCUAGAUGUGAUACUAUUCUGUGUGCUGGAUCAACUAUAAUCCUGACAAUCAGCUGACGCCUUAAGCCAAUCAGCACUGCCCUUGUCUGAGGCUUCUUGAUUCAAGCCUCGUGGAAAAGCAGCCUUCAGCACUUUGGGGUAAAAUCGUUCGUUCAGCUAUCAUCCUCAAUUCUGUACUCUCGUGCAAGAAUAGAGCAGUGAUAACUGCUCCUGGUGCUGAUGAUCGUGGCGCCUGUGAGGAACAGGUUCAAGUAAGUAGAACUCACCUUUGCCAGCCACCGAAGCCUCAGUGGCAAUGUCACGGGUGAUUGUCUUUGCAAACUCUGCAAAGUCCCCAGUGACAUUGCUGCUUUAACAUGCCCAGAAGUUCCCAUUAAAUUCACUUUGAAUUCCUGGCAAUUAUCAUUUUAGUGAAUAACCCUAAACAUUAAAGGGACACUAUAGUCACCUGAACAACUUCAGCUUAAUGAGGUUGUUCAGGUGAGAACUAUAGCUCCCUGCAGCCUUUCUCAUGUAAACACUGUAUUUUCUGAGAAACACCUCCAGUUGCAGUCACUCAGAGUGAACCAGAGGGACUUCGGAGUUGAUGGAGGCAUAAUAUGCCUCCAUACACUCAGAUCUGCUGUCAGCAGAUCACCGGGCAGCACUGUGCACAGCAUCCUGUGAUUCAGUGUCUCCUCCCUCUGCAUGCAGUCACUGAACUUUCCUCAUAGAGAUUCAUUGAUUCAAUCAGUGGCGUACAUACCGGGGUCGCAGGGGUCACGGCUGCGACCAGGCCCGGCCCACCAGGGGGCCCGGCCGCCCUGCGACCCGGUAUGUACCCACUGUGGCCAGCCUUUUCUCCUGGGGGGCCCAGGAGUGGACCACCUCAGGGCCCCCGAGGCUGGCCCUGGUGUCACCUGGCAGGCGGGCACGCGAGGGAGUACUCUCCCCUGAGUGCUCCCUAUUUAGCUCCCUCGCGCGCUGCGUACUGAUACCGGAGCCGGAAGAUGACGUCAUCUUCCGGCUCCCGCAUCAGUACGCGGCGCGCGAAGGAGCUAAAUAGGGAGCACUCGGGACAGUGCUCCCUUGCGUGCCCGCCAGCCCGCCAUGUGACACCACUGGACCCCAGGGAAUCCCCUCAGCACUCCAAAAGGUAAGGAGGCUGGGAGGAUUAAAUUUAAAAACAAAAACGUGUGUGUGUGUGUCUGCUAGUGAGUGUCUGUUAUUGAGUGUGUCUGUUACUGAGUGUUUUUGUGUGUGUCUGUUAGUGAGUCUGUUUGAUGUCUGUUAGUGAGUGUGUGUUUGUCAGAGUGUAUGUUUUGUAAGCGAGUGUGUCUCUGUCAGUAAAUGUGUGUCUGUUAGCUAGAGUGUAUGCGUCUGUUCGUGAGAGUGUGUGUGUGUGUCUUCAGCACUUACCUUUCUCCAGUGCCAGACUCGCUUGGUUCUGGGGAUCCCUCCUCCUCUCUGCUCCAAAUACGCAUGCGCGGUAAGAGCCGAGCGCGCAUUCAAACCGCCCAGAGUAAGCGCGGGAAGGGGGGGGGAGGGGAAGGGGGGUACGGAUCAAUUUUCACACCGAGGCCCCAUGGGUCAUGUGUACGGCACUGGAUUCAAUUUAUCUCUAUGAGGAAAUGCUGAUUGGCCAGGGCUGUGUUUGAAUCAUGCUGGCUCUGGCCCUGAUCUGCCUCUUUGUCAGUCUCAGCCAAUCCUAUGGGGAAGUAUUGUGAUUGGAUCAGGCUACCACAUGUCAGCAGACUGCUUGUUUUCUUGUCUAACAGCAUGCAGAUUUACAGCUUCAGGCUUGAAUACAGUAAUAUUUUUACUAUAUUUAUGGAGGCAUGAGGGGCCCAGGGGGGCUAGAUGGUGGUGUUAACGCUAUAGGGUCAGAAAUACAUGUUUGUGUUUCUGACCCUAUAGCGAUCCUUUAAAUGUUUUCCUUUGGCAGUGAUGGCAAUCCUUUUUGUGCUUCAGUGCCCAACUUGAAUACCAACUUGUUUAUAUUGAUGGGCUAACACUGCAAUUAACCAUAAGAACAGAAGUAAGACUGUGGAUGAUAGGUGUGUGCUUAUUUGAAUGACUAUAUUCAUUUAACUGCAUUAAUAGAAUAAAAUAGAAAAAUGUAUUGCCCCAGUACUGACUUCAGAAGAGGGAAUCCCUAGGAGGUAGGAUUAGGAGCAAAGGUAUACAUGUGGUGUAUUAUUGUACUUGCAAACAGUAGAAUACAAAUAUGGGGUGAGAGAAACUGAAUGAUUACUUUGCAGGACUAAGAUUGUCAAACAGCCACUAGAGGCGCUUUUGGAGUUUGACUAUAUUAAACGACACUGGAUGUCCUCACACUCUGCAUGAUGACAUUCAGCAUCAGUAAAACCUCUGUGAGAAAGCAUUGAGGCAAUGCUUUCCUAUGGGGAGGGCCUAAUGUGCUUGCAGAGCUUGCCGCCGAUGUGCAUUAGAUCACCCCCUGUGAGAUGGUGUUGAGGUGGUGAAGCUUGACCCAGCACUGAGGGACACCGGUGCUAGAGUCGUGUAAGUGAAUAAAGUUUUUUUUUUUUUACCCUUUAAAUGCUGGGGGAGGGACUCAUUAUUAUUAUUAUUGCCAUUUAUAUAGCGCCAACAGAUUCCGUAGCGCUUUAUAAUAUUAUGUUAGGAAUAAAACUUUGUAUUCCUAACACUAUAGAUUCCUGUUAAGUUAAAGUUGUUUUAGUGCUUAUAUUGUCCGCUUACUAGGUUAAAAGGUUUGUUAUUUAACUUUUGAUUGCCUGCAUAUUUCAUUAAUGUAUCCUUUGUUCAUCAUACCACACAUAAUUUGUUACAUCUUGAUAUAUUAUGAUCAAUCGUUUCACGUUCAACAGCAUUGGCUACAAAGUAUAUCCAUGUGGCAACAACUGACUCAGGAGCUGUAGUGUAGGUCGCAUUCGGGAGGAAGACCCAGAAAUGUGGGCCAAGAAACAUGUUUUUAUAGUGUAUUUACUACUAGGUUACAAUAAGCAAGGGUUCGAAAUUCGAACUUGGAAUUGUCAGAGUGAAUACAAACGUCAACUCCCAACAUUCUCCCCUCACUGCUGUGUCAAGUUCAACGUUCUAUGGAACCUGUCCAACUACUCGUAUUGCUCCAGCUAGACAGUGACGUCACCGGACGGGUUGUGCAGGAGGCGUGGCCUACUGAAAGGAUAUUUCCCGUCUGACCAAUGAUAGACGGUGACGUGUCUCAUGCUGGCGGGAGUUCUUGCGGGUUGACGCUGGAGUGGGCGGGGUUUCUGUCAGGGAGCCGGGUACUGGGGGGGUCAGAGGUUAGAGCUGAUCCAAGAUGGCGGAAGCGAGGAGGUGAGAAGUGGCUGAGUGUAUAGGAAGACUGGGACAUUGGUUAAUAAUUCCCCUAUAGAAAUAUAAUGUAUAUUAAUACAAGGAGUGCAUGGCUGCAAGAGGUGAUCAUACACCAUCAGUAUUAGUGUGCACUGCUUUCAUAUACAAGUUGAAUGUGGUGUUCUAUUAAUUGUAUUUCUUUAUUAAAAGUGAGACUGCUAUUGGUCUGAUAUAUUUGUAAGGUUUUUAUUUUAUAUGACUUAUUCUGUUACCAAGAUAAUGAGUUCAUUAUCGGUAGCUGGCUGCCAUAGGUAGCUGGCUUAUUUUAGUACUUUGUGUAUGUGGAUAUGUAAAUAUAUAGAACAUGUAGUUUGUUCAUGGAGAUCUGUGCAGAUCAUAUUCGUUAAAGUUGAGUCAUACCCCAGGAAACAAAGAAAGGAACUAGCUUCAUAUAUUGCAAUAGGAACAGUGUCAGUUAUACAAGGUUCAAUGAUUGACAGCUAAUCCUUCAGGUGGUGCUAUUCAUGAUGCUCACUGGAUGAGCAUCACAAAUUGUCCACAGCAGUUUAAAGGGAUUGCCCAAUGAAAUGUCGACCAGAUGUUUUGAAUAACUUUAUAUUGGUAAUGCAAUAAAUGUAUUGGGGGGUGGCAAAAUAUACUAACUUUGGAAGUUUCCAACCGAAUCACCGUUUUAAUCAGGAGUAUCUUAUGCUGGUUUGUGGUACAAAUCUCACUUAAUUUCCUGUUCAGCAGGAGAUUAUGAGAUAAGUACUUUAUUGGCAGUUCUAGAAAGUAGUUAAUGCUCUUCCUGAUAGCUCAAAAAUUAGUAAAAAUAAAUUGGGAUCUUCUUGGUAAUCACACCUUCUAGGGUUAACCAUAUUUGCGCCAGGGGCACUGGACACCCUGUCACUCUAUGAUUGGGGCUUAACUCAUAUUCUGGUGCAUGUGGGCUUUGUGCACAAGAGGGAGCUUACCCUUUUGAUUACCAGAUUCUGUGAGCUGCACUGUUUAAACCCUCCUCCUCCCCCACAAAAAAGUGUAUUUAAAAUUAUAAAACGACACACCAGUAUAGGUCCUGUUUGCUACACAUGACCAUAAUCUGUAGAAUCAACAGGGAUCAGCAUUGGCAUUGAUGUCUGUAAUUCAUCACCCUGUGGAUUACUGCACACAUCAAAUUCUUUCUGAUUAUACAUAGUUCAGCUUUGAGAAUUUCUAUUGAAACUUUACAAUGAGCAGACCUGAAUGGAAGAAAAGCAUGAAUUAAAGGGACACUCCAAUUCCCAAAUAAAAAACAAACUACUUUGUGUGUGUGUAUGUGUAUAAUAUAUAUAUACACACACACACACACACACCAUUAAGGAUUUAUUUACUCAUCUAAUUACAGUGCCGAUGUUCGUGUUGGGUCGCCACCUCAGACGUCCUGUAAUGGGGCGGAUUUAAGGUGCAUGUGCUUUCCUAUGGGGUUUUCACUGACGCUGGAUGUCGUCAUGCAGAGUGUGAGGACGUCCUGCGUCAUUUUAAGGGUAAACACCCGGAAGCGCCUCUAGUGACUGUCUGAUGGACAGCCUGUGGAGGCUGUCUUAGUACUGCAAUGUAAAUGUUACAGUUUCUCAAAAAAUGCAAUUUUUACAUUGCAGGACUAGGAUGGACAGGGACAUUGUAUACAGACCAUUUCAAGGAGCUGAAAUGGCAUUAGUGCUUACAGUGACCCUUUUAAAUCUUGUCCAUAAUCCUUAUUCACAGCUCUUGUUUAUACUAGAUAUCAGGAAUAGGAAACCUACAGCAGUCCAGAUGUUUUGGACUACACCUCCUAUGAUAUUGUGUCAUUAUUGUGGACUUCAUUUCCCAUAAUUACAUGCUUUAUACAUGACAAAGCAUCACAGGGUAUGCAGUCCAAAACAUCUGGACUGCCAAAGGUUGCUUAUCCCUGAUCUAUAUGAUUACCAGCCUGUACAGCGGGCACUCCAGAUGUUGUGGACUAUAUCUAACCUAAUGGUUUUUCCUGCAGUGUGGUUAUAAGUGCACUACGGAAGAUGUUGUCCACAGCAUCAGGAGUGCCAAAGGUUUCCUACCACUGCCGGAGGAGGAACAGAUUACUCUGCCAGAAGUCACUAAUAUAAUUCCUGCAAUUUAGCUGAAAAUCAGCCCACCGUCUGCUUUCACAAAGUAAAGGAAGUUUAAAUGGGUGAUGUCAUUCUUACAGUGAGGGUGUGGGGGCAAGAGUGAAAAGACCAUUUCACUGUUGUCAUUACAUUAGCACUCUUGAUAUUGAUAAAGAUUGCUAUUGCAGUUUUAAAUAACAUAUUUUUACUGGAUGUGGAUGGAUGCAGACAUUCUGUUGUGUAAAUUUACAUUAUUUAGAAUUUCUACAUGCUUCUGUAAAGCAAUAUGCACACAAAAUAGCUGUGGUAUAUUAUGUUGAUAUGCCAGUUAUGCAUCACUUGCUUCAAGUACAUGUUGUACUAAUACUUUUUUUUACCAAGAGUGCUUGAAAGUGACAGGGUUCCUAAGCUGUUUGGUUUCUUACAAGCAUUACUCUAUUACAGACUGGCACUAGAAUGCAUGCACAGAUGUUACGAAUUGAUAGGCUGAUUUUUUUUAUUUUAUUUUUUAUAUAUAUAUAUAUAUAUUAUUUUUUUAUUUUUUUUAUUUAUUUUUUUAUAAAUAUAAACUUCUACCGGCUUACCUCUUUGUUAAAUAUGCAGGCUUCACAAAUGGACACUUGAAAUUCUGAGCCAUGUAAAGAAAAACCAUAAUACUUCCAGGUACUAGUCAGCAAUACAUGGAAUGGGAUGUGAUUGGUGAAGGAGUUUUGAUUUUCCUUAAGUUAAGCACCAGCUUGGAUAAUAUUAUUGACAAGCGAAUGCUGAUUGAUCAUACUUUAUCAUUGAUCGCAGUGUUUCUAAGCCUUUUCAAACUAGCAUCUCAAGAAAGUUCAGUUUUAAUUAACAUGCUGUAAUUAUGUUACAGACCUUUUUAAAUAGCAGGAUGGCUACUUCCAGCAACCACGUUUUGCAGACUUUAUUCAUUUAAUAAAAGCUGGCUUCAAAUACUGAUGGUAGAAUAUGUUAUUAAUUCUUUGUAUCCAUGAACUACAGAAUGCACACUAUAACCACUUGCAAGUAAACAAUGCUAUUUAUUAUGCACAUAAAUAGUACUACACAAAUAAUACAAGAAUCGGUAAACAAAAUGACAAAAGGCAGCAGUUGGUUGCCGAAAUGUUGGGGGUCUUGUGGCUCGUGUUUCUGUCCUAGGGCUGUGUGGAGCUUUGUUGAUAGUGUACUAAUGCUUUUGUAUUUGCCCUUGCUACUGUGAUUUUGUUUUCUGAUUCUUGUAUUAUUUGUGUAGUACUAUUUAUGUACAUAAUAAAUUGCAUUGUUUACUUACAAGCGCUUAUAGUGUGCAUUCUGUAGUUCAUGGAUGUUUGGAUGCUUUGAACACCUGAGGGAGUGUUUAUAUGGCUUGCACCUUGCUUUUUUAUGUGUUUUUGUCUCUCCAUGUGCUUCUUAUUUGUGGAUAAAUUCUAUUGUAUACUUUUUUUUUUUUUUUUUUUUUUUUCAUGCUGAUUUGAAAACCCAGGUUGAGUAGCAACUAUUCACGAAUGUGUUGUUAUUCUAGUCUUUUGGUGUUCCCUGCCUGGUGGGAUGCAUGGUUGUGGUUUUAAAAAAAUAUUAUUAUAAUAAAUGAUCACUCCUAAUGCCAUAACCACUACAGCUAGCAGGGCUUAGCUCAGACAACCUAAUGAAUGUUUCUGCACCGGCUCUUUGGUGUUGGCAGUGGAGUACAGAGCUUCUCUCAUUUUUGUGAGAGAUAAGAUGAACUAAGCGCUGCAUCCGGCUUAGGAACUUGUCUGUUUUGGCAUUGGUAGUGGAGGCGGAAUGUGGCGUCCAAUGAACCCCAGGUAUGAAGUCAAACUGCCCAAAAACAGUUUCACUAUUUACAGUAUUGACUUGACUGCUGAGGCCCAGUGGUUAUGGUGCUUGUGUUCCUUUAAACAAAUUUUAGAUCUGCUACCAUUUAAUCUUUCUUGAGAAGGCUAUGCACUCUCAUGUUGCACAUGCAAAACUGCAUAUGCAUUGUGAUUAACUUUUCUAAGGCUGUUCAGUUUUGUUUAGGGACUUUUUAAUUCUAUUAUGCAAGUGCAACCCUAGCUGAUUCUUAUCACCUCUCUCAUACUUGGCAUGCUUUAUAUCCACGUAUGCUGUACUCCUCUUGACAUGUAAUAUGCUGUAACUGCUGCCAAAGUGUGUCAGGGAUCCUGAUAUAUAUUUAUUAUUAUUUAUUUUUUUCUCCCUCCCUCCCCCUCUCCCUCCUUGCAGCAGGGUAGCCCUAUGAAGCUUCAUGUGAGUGGCAAUAAUUGUAGAAUUCUUUUUAGGGUUGGUAUGCCUAGUAUGCAGCACUAUCAAAAUUCUAGAACCAUGUCCCAUUUUAAAAAUGCCAUUUGGGCCUUGAAAGAUUUGCAGAUAUUCUGGUGGUGAUUACUUGUACUAUAGCUUCAUUGAUGAAAAUGAUGCUACUUUGUUGGAAAGAUUUUGUUUUCUAUGGAUUUAUGAAAAGAUGUUGCUGACCAUGCUAUUUUGAAAUGGCUAUAUGUGCCUGUGUGGUACAUUUACAACCAUAACAGCACAAUUGAGAAUGUGAGAGGUUCACUGUUAUUCCUCUCUUUUUCACUGGAAGUGUUUAAAAUAUUUUAUGUAUUUUUGUAAUAGAUUCAAAGACUAAAAUUUUUGGUAUCUAACCUUUUUUUUUUUUUAAUGACGUUUUAUAUUGGUAUAUAUUAUGCGCACACACUACUGCAAGACAAAAACAAUCUGUACUCAUAGGUUAGCUCAAUAUAUCCACUCUGUACCUGGUGCUUAAUCCAGCAUGUAUAUUCUCCAAUUCACCCAUCUAUACAUUAUUUUCAGAGCCAACUAAUUUAAUUUUAUUUAUAUAUAUAUUUAUUCCCAUUAAAAACACCUGACUUAGGUGAAAAUUAUAGGGCUUCAGUUGCAGUAUAUGAUCAUACAUUGUAUAAGCCUGCCAAGAUGGCCACGUACCUCAUUUUUGUCAGGUCUUACUCUAGCAAAUCUAAUUCCUGCUGUUAUGAGAUUAGCCCAUAUAUAUAUUUCAAGUUUAGAUUGUAUACUACAAGCAAUGAAUACAAAAAUAGAAUUCAAGAUCUGCAUGUUUUCUCUUGUGUGAUUUAGGCAGCCCUGGGGAAAGCCUUCAUGUUUGUGCACAGGUGUUAUACAAAUAGUAAGCCUUGUGAUCCCCAGGGUAGCCUCAAGCUCACUUUAGCGUGGAUCACAUUUUGAAACUGCAUGGUUUGAAGUCCAUAAAUUUAUAUCAAACAGCCGGGCAUAGAAUAGACAGUUGUAUUAUCUCUCUGCUUAUUGGAUUCCUGCUGUCAUUUUGGCAGAGCUGAAAAGGUUAACUCUCUGAUUAAGCUUGGACAGUAUCCUCCCAUGCCUUAGUGUUCAGUCUCUUGUUUCUUAGGGCAGGGUGGAUACAGUUUGUUUUGUUUAGUUUUUUAAAACAUUUAUUUUUAUGUAAAUUGUAUUUUUAUUUUUUUAUUUAAAUCCGAUUUAUUUUCAUAAAAUGCCCAAGCAAACCAUUGUGGUUUAAUUUUUUUAAUUUUUUUUAAAUGUAUUUUGUUUAAAUACGCAAUUUAACAAACAUUGUUUAAGCAAAUACAAUAAUAGGUAUGCUAUUUAAUGGUGUUUUAGUUAAAUAAAACAUUUGAAAUCGUUCUCCAAAUAUGAGUGAUUAAGCUAUUAAUCUGGAGAUAGUUCACCGUGCAAAGAUUUCUUCAUUGUCUAUAUAUUUCUAAUGGUAUAUAAUAUCUGUUCUGAUAUAACUGCUGAACUAAACUGAAAGGUUAUUAGUCUAAAUAUGAAAUCCUAAUCUGGCUGCAAAUAUUAAAAUUAUAAUAAUCGGUAAGAAUGAGAAAAAGUCAUGAUUUUAAUUGAGCUUUACCGAAUAGUGAUUUAAAUCAAAUCCACUGGCUUAGGUUAAAGGAAAUCUCCAAUUUUGAUGCUAAACUGCCUUUAGCCUCCUAGCACUAAAACCACUACAAUUAGCUGUAGUGAUUAUGGUGCUAGGAGUGUCUGUUUAACAAGCAGGAGUUACUGGUUGCAUAUAAACUGUUAAUUAGCAGAAAACCGAAAAAAAGAGUAGGCACUGAUAGUAAUGUUACAAAUAUAUAUGAUAGACAUAUUUUUUUUUUUACAUUCUGAUUUCAAUUCCCUACAAUUCAGUUUCAUAGUGUCUACAUUAAUCUCCGUACAGUAUGAAACCAAAACUCUCUGAAGACUGUUUAAUAACCCACUAUUCCAUUAAUUGUUUGUAUCCCAGUGUAAUACGUGUUUCAUUAAUACUCUGUUGUCUUUUCUAGGCUUUUAGGGGUUGCUCUCCUGUUCUCUACCUUCUUUCUCCCUGCCCUGAGUGUGGACAGAAGCAACUUCAAGACAUGCGAUCAAAGCUCAUUCUGCAAGUCAGUAUCUCAGAAAGGGUUCUAGUACAGACCUCCUCCCUCUCAAACUCCUAAAAUAUUAUCCUGAAUACUUUGAUUUACCUCUAUAAGCUCACACCUUCCAGCAGUGGGAGAUAUGGUUGGUCCAGAAGGCAGUGUAUGCAGAAUAGGAUGCUUGCGUUGCAACCUCACUGGGGAGACCCACACAGAGCAAACCAUUCACAGCUCUUUUUAAGUUUGAAUGCAUCUUGAGUGAGUUUAAAAAAUAUUCUUGUGUUACUGUAUUGAGGGAUAUUCCCAAUUGUCCCUAGAUGGAGAAAACCAGGGAGCAAACCAGGGCAGUGGGGUAGUAGUUAGGAUAGUCCUGCUGGAUACAGGACUGUUUGGAGGCAUGUUACCUGUUACUGACACCCAAUGUUCGAAUGCAUCAUUUAGAAAAUGCGUUGCUAUUUAUGCAAAACUUAAAUUUAAAAAAAUACUCUCAUUCAAACAUCUUUAAUAGCAUAGUUGACCGAGGCUCUCUGCAGAUAGACAGACAGAUAUCUCCCUCUUCAGGAAGACACUCAAUCAAUCGAGAGCCUCUUAUUCUGUUUUUCAACAUUGGUUUAAUAGAUAAGUAAUUUAAUUCCAGACCUUUGUUCAAUUCAUAAUUUAGGAUGAUUUGAUCUGUUCAAUAAGCUGAUAGCAUCAAUACUGCAACUGUUAUCAGUUUAUACACAUCCCAGUUCAGUUUUGUUAACCAUUUGUGCACUGCAAAUCUUCAAAACCACCAACCAUAGUGCGCUCAAACUCAUCUUUCUGCAAAGAGAAGGAUCAAGCUACCACACAUAACUUGGACCAAACUGACUUUGUAAAUGGGGUGAAUAAAAGCACUUUCUUUGUUGGAUCUGAGCCAAGGUGACUGUUUAAACCAAUGCAGCAGUAAGCCUCACUUGGUAAUCUCUGCACCAUACCAUUUGCUAUCAUGUUAUGGAACGCCUCACACUCCCUUUAUCUUUGCAUUAGCAAAUUAAUUGGUUGCAUAACUGCUUAUUAGUUGUUCUCUUCUGUGUGUGCAGGCAGGUGUAGUAAGGAUUGCAUGGCAUGAUAAAUUAUACUAUUCAUUUGUAUUACUUCUCGUUCCCUUCAGACGUCAGCGAAAGCUAGAGCCAGGAUCCUCCCCAUACAGAGCGGUGCUGGGGAGCGCCAAACUGAGUGCCGACAAACUUGAGAUCCAGCUCAUCGAUGAUAAGAAUCAGGUUUGUAGUGUUAAAUAGUGUGACACAGGACAGCCAAGUAAAUGAAGUAUGGAAUGGACCGUUGAUACAAUGACUGUCAGAACUCUUGAUUGUACUGUUUCUUGCUAGGUAUCUCUUCUCUUGGAAGUCUUUGGACUGAAUGGGAAUAUGACCCGCAUCAAAAUUAAUGAAAUCAAUCCCCUAAAGCCUCGUUAUGAAGUCCCUGAUGUACUACUUGGAACACCUAUCCCUGCAAAGUAAGAUGAUCGUUUCUGCUAUCCACGUCCAGUUUCUGAUUUCUUUUUCCCAGCUAUCAACAGAGCUCAGAAAAAGACACCUGUGGGAUAUGCUUGGGGGCUACUGCCUUGUAUACCAUGCAAGGUUAACAACUCUGGAUCAUAGUGAAUUAAAAUUUGUUGUGAAAUUAAGGUGGUUAUAACUGAUUUGGAGAAACUUGGCUAUUUGAAUUUCAAUCUACUAUAUUUGGAAUUUAGUGGAUACACUUUCUUGUGUAAAAAUGUGCAUGUCAUGCCAGACUGCACCAAAUUCAUCAAGACAUUGUGUGGGUAAAAUAGCUAGCAAAUGUAUAGGUUUACUAAAAUAGUCCCCUCCUAUCACUCAGUUCUCUGCAUACAGGUGUAUGUAUACCCAAAAAAUUAACUGACUAAAGAGCGCAGGGAGACCCUUCUCCAGAUGAUCAUGCUCCAUUUCAGCAGCUACAUCUCAUGGGCUGUUGUUGCUGUGAUUUAUUUUCUGUCAUGCAUGAGAUUGACUCCACUGGCUUGGAAAGUUGGCACUUUAUUUACACUCCAAGCACUUGCAAUGAAGCAAGGGGAGGAGUUGCCCUGCUUUGUGAUUAGUUGAUGUGGUUGUGAGAGAGUUGGGGGACACUGGGAAGCCUUGGUAUUAUGCUAGCAUUAACCCACACAUUCGCGGAUUCAUAUUUGUUGCAACAGAGUCGUAGAUAAGGUAAUUGUUUCGUCUACAGCACUGAAUGCAAGAUAUUUCCAUAUGACAAAUUAAUUUUAUUGUAAUUUCGUAAGGAAAUAUAAGCAAGAAAAGUGAAUUUUCAGGAUAGAUGCACUUUAUUGAGUAAAUGGCAUUUCCUCCAACAGAUAUGCAGUCAGCAAGACCACCUUCAAGUUGGCUUAAUCUACAGAUUGUGGCAGGGAAAUCCCUAGCAAAUUUACAGAAAAAGACCUGAUUACCGACAACUUGCCUAUGUCUUGUAUUUUGUUUUCAAAGUGAAAGCAUCAUCCACUUGCCCCAAGCAGGGCAAUGUUCAGCUUGCUCCUGGCUCCAAGUAUUGUGAGAUGCCAACUUUAUGUAUGUGGGAAAGCACUCCUUCUAAAUAGCUAUAGUUUUCUAUCUCUGCCAUAUAGAUAAAAGGAUAUUUGGGAAAUAUUUCAACAUGUACAGCUAUACAGUUUUAUUUUAACAAUACAUACAUUAAAUGAACACUAUAGGUUCAGGAAUAUUACUUGGUGACCUUUUUGCGCAGCGCUGAGCACCGCUGGCCCUGCCCACGCUUUGCACCCUUGGCUGAGAUAAUCAAACUUGAUGAUGUCGGCCAAUCCAUUGCUUUCCCAUAGAAAAUCAUUGGAAGGCUAUCGUGUCUGCGCAGCAAAAUGCUGGUCUGCGCCAAUCGGCAUCUGCUCAUGAGAUACAUUGAAUCAAUUAAUCUCUAUGGGGAAUGUUCAGCACUUUACAUUAAAAUGCCUGCAGGGACAUACUAUACACACCAGAACUACAUUAUGCCUUAGUUGUUCUGGUGACUAUACUGCCCGCUUAACUCUUUUACCGCUGAAAAGUUAUGCGUUUUUUUUAUUUUUUUUACAUGACACAGUAAAAUUAAAGUGGAAAAUUACAUUAUUUAGCUUUUUUGAAACUUUAACCACAGUAAAUUGAUUACUUUGUGACUUGGGAAUCAGCAUUCAAGUCAGUCCUGUUUUGAUGCACACUUCUUUCAAUUUAUACCUGUGGUGUGUCUACAGCUUGCAAGUGACUGGACAAGAUGACAAUACUCUGGAGCUGUCACUAGGAGGAGCAGAGCACAAACUGUUGGUAACAGGGACACCUUUCCGUCUGGACAUCCUAUCAGGAAGAGACUUGGUCCUGAGUGUCAAUUCGCGAGGCCUGCUUCACUUUGAACGCCUGCGGGAAAGGAAGGACACGUGAGUGAGGCAGGAUUAUGAUUGACUAGGGUGUGGGUGAGUUACUUUUACACUGUAAAAAUGAUGGUGUGGGGUUUGUAUGUAACGAACGUAAGGGGCAGCAGUCUUGAUUUUGUAAUGGGGGGCUAAUGAGAAGUUAAUCCGGGUUUUACAGGGAAAGGUAUUAUUUUAGGAUAUGUACUGAAAUGUGUUUUCUUUCUUUUUUGCUUUUUGCUCUGUGCCCCAUCCCUUUCUUUCUGCCCUUCCAUUUCCCCUUCUUCUGCUCCUACCACAUCACCUCCCAGUAUCUCGGCUAAAGUUAGUAGUGCUGUCGGUAACAUGUGGCAUAAAGUGAAGAGUCUAUUCUCUAGGUAAUCACGGAUACACGACACUGCACAUUGACUUUCGCACCUCAUACAGCAAUUUUAUAAUCUCACUUAAACACUUUUUUAUAAUUCCUACAUGUCACGUAGCCUUGGCACAGGCACACACUCUCCACUUGUUUUAUAUGUUACAUAUUCUAGAACACAUUGACAUUGCAGGCUUUGCCAUUAAUAUAAAGAUUAGUUGUAAGUUUUGGUUUUCUUUAACUGAUACACAAGUUGCCCCAUGAUGUUUCAGAACUCUUCCCGUUGGAGCCUGCUUAGCACUGUUUAAAUGCUUGUUUCUGUCACUACAACUGUGGAGUACUUAUUAAAUGCCAAAGCCUCCUUCCCUAAGCAUAUGCUACCCUCAUCUUCUAAUCCUGUCCUUCCACUCUAUUCCUUCACUCUGCUACCCACCCCCAUAUGUUCUACUGCCUCUGGAAGCACCACUCCUCACCCCUCGUCUUUGUUCGGCUUGUAGUGACACUGAGAAGACUGAUGUGCCACCUGAAGGUGAUGAUGGAAAUCCAGGAGAGGAGGAGGCAACAAAAGAAGAAGAGAGCAAGAAGGUGAGCCAUGAGAUAAAAUAUUAACAUACCAUUUAUUUAAAACAUUACUACGAGCGUGUAUGUAGCCUAAGUGAUGGUCUGUAUCUAUUCAGAAAUACAUAAAUAUUAAAAUUCAGUCAUUUCUAUUGUGUUUUAAAUGCUACAGGAAAUGAAGAAAGUUAAUUUGUUUAGUAAUGCAAACCUUCAUACAUUUCUGUAUUUCCGAUUCAGGUUGAUGAGGAUGAACCUGGCAUGUGGGAUGAAACGUUUAAAACGCAUACAGACACCAAACCUAAUGGUGAGAACCUGUUGUUGGUCUGUCAAUAUGUAGUGAGUUUACUUUCUUUCAAAUAUUAGAUGCUAGAAUAUUUAUUCAGAAAUUACAUUUAUUAAAGGCAUUUUUACAGUACACUUUGUGUGAAUGACUCUUAACAAGUAGGAUGUGGAGUUUUCCCUUCUUGCCUCAAUUUUAUUAUAUGGGCAGGUAGUUUUGAAAUGUAGAAAAAAAGUUCAUGACAGUGGUGGGGCCACUUAACUUUUAUUCUAUAGGCUAAUAAAAAGCUAAAAGAAUAAAACCACAAUCACAGGCCCUUUUUCAUUUUUUUUUUUUAUAUAUUUUUUUUUUUUUUAUAUUCAUAGUUUUGAGAUGCGCAGUCAACAUCAAUAGCAACAGUGUCAAUUACCUAUACAGUAGUAACAUUAUUGAAUGAGACAUCAUGAGCUUUGUGUCUGGGGUGGAGUGUUCUGUGUACAUUGUGCAUUAUUUUUACUGAAGGUAAACAUGAAAAAAUGUUUAACAUAUAACUGGGAGAUAGGAUGAGAUGAUGGGAGGGGGCUAGGGUGAAAGAAGGUCUGGUAUCAAAAUUGUCUGUUUACAUGGGGUUACACACCACACCAUUGUCAACAUUUUGGUGUACAGUAUUAUGAUCUCUAGUGUUUCAAUAAAUUUUGGUUCAUUAUACUUGGUUCGAUGCACCUUUUACUCUUUGUCAAGGUUGCUGUGGUGUUUUCAUAGUAUCAUAUUUGUGUGGGAGUGAGGGUCAUUUAUAUCGUCCCUUUGCGUAUUGGCAAUCAGACGUUUACUGUCCAGUGAGGAACUUGUGUAUAAGCUAGGCUACAUUUCCCCUGUGCUAUGAGUUAUUGAGUAACUCGGUUGCAUCCUUCCUUGUACGGUUUAGGUUUUGCAGGAGUAUUUCCAUCCAACAGUUUUAGAGGAUGGACUCAGCUGUCGGAGGGGUUUGCUCCUGCCAAUGUGGCAUUUCCCUUUUUUUGUCAUCAAGAGUUUGACAGUCCUUUCCAAAUAUAAAAUACCGCUGUGAACAAGACUUUCAAGGUAAUGAGGUCCACGUAAACAUCUGAAUAACUGAUUUCAAAACUAGCAGUAUGCAGUCAGCAGACCUUUUUAUUUGUAACUGGUGAGAUCAGUGCACCAGACAGUCACGCCAGUCAGAAGCAUCUGUAAAAGCUCCAGACAUCUUGGCGCAGUUGUCAUGACACUGCCGACAAUGACUUGUCACAAAGUCCAAAUCUACUUGGUGAGUACAGUAAAGUCAGAGGAAAUUAUAUUAUGCCUAAGGAUUCAAUGUGCAGCAAGCAAUAAUUGGCUUGACUUAUUGCAGACCUUCACCUUAAAGGGAACACUAUUCACUUUCAGAAAAUACAAGUUCUAAAUAUUGGUGAGGAAAUAUUCUUUUUAUAAGAGACUUUUCAGAGAAAAUGCAGUGUUUACAUUACUGCCUAGUAGCAGUCACUCAGACAGCCUCUAGAGUUGCUUCCUGGGUCAGUGCUGCAAAGUUCAAACUCUGCAUGGAGCUUCUGAAAGUUCAUUCACUGUUUUGGCCGCCAUGAAAAUACCUGGAUUAAAUUGACUGUUAAGCUGUCACUUGGGGAAAAACUGUUCUUUCAGGACUGUGUAGAGAAUGCUGGCAUUAGUAGCUCCUCUGUUGGAUCAUAGAAUCAAUUGACUUCAGUUUUAAGGUUCCCUAGAAUACUUCACAUCAUAUUCUACCACUUAAUUAAUCUUUUCCAACUUGUGUGUGCAUGUAUAUAUGUAUACAUACACACUUCACCCCGAAGUCGGUCCUUAUCUUUUCAUUAAAUGACUUCCUGAUUGGAAGGUAAACAGUGUAGCUCCGCCAAUAAGAGAUCAGUGGGACUCAAGCUGCUUAAAACUCUAAGGGGAAAGCAGAUAAUGAGAAUUCAAUGAUUGGCUGUGGGGUGAAGCCACAUCAGCUACUUGGCUCACACAACUCAAACUCCAUCAUUGGCUGAGGUCAGUGCAUACUUUGCAGUAUGUCUAAUAAGGAAGCUGUGAGGAGGAGGCAUUAACAAAGGGACAGAAAGUUGCAAAAAUGGGUUUUGUGUUUGUUUUUUUUAAACUAGAGGUUAAAAUCUACAAAAUGCACAAAGUUGUGUUGCUGCCUGGAGUGUCCUUUUAAUGUGCAUAUAACUCUCUGUGCAGGUCCCUCAUCAGUGGGUCUGGAUUUCUCUCUCCCGGGAUUUGAACAUGUUUAUGGAAUCCCAGAACAUGCGGAUAACCUGAGAUUACGAACUACGGAGUAAGAAAAUUGUCUGUUUUAGUAUUUAAUUUACUCAGUAGUUUCUUUUUAAAGCCAGCACACAAACAUUUGUCAGUACAGUAGUAAAAUGGAUUCCAGAGUUAAGUUGUUUAGGUGAGAAACGUCAGAGACCUUUCCAUAAAAUAUCUUAAAUAUACUAUUUCUUCUUUUUUCCAUAGAUGACCUCUUUGUUCACCCAUACUUAAAGAUAAUAUAAGUUUUGGCUUUGUCUGUUGUGUUUUGUGUGUGUGUGUGUGUGUGUGUAUCCAGCUAUCUAUCUAUCUAUCUCAAUCAUAUCAUGCCAGUUUAGAUUAAUGAGAGUGUCUGUUGCAAUUUAAUCCAGAGAUCAAAUCUGCUAUAAUAUCUACUACUUCAUCUAUCUGUUAGGGAUACAAAUGUUUUGCUAUAUUUGUUCUAGGUUAACCUUGGUUUGCAUGUGGCACGGGUUUAUUUGCAGUACCCACAAGCAAAGUUACAACUACUGGCACUUUUUGUUUAUAAUUGGAAGCCCUUUUUCACACUGUAUCACUUGCUCUCUGUCUUUUAGGAGUACAGACCCAUAUAGACUGUAUAAUCUGGAUGUAUUUCAAUAUGAGCUGUAUAAUACCAUGGCUUUGUAUGGGUCCGUACCGCUGCUCCUUGCUCAUAAUGUUCAAAGAACAUUAGGCAUCUUCUGGCUAAAUGCUGCUGAGACCUGGGUUGAUAUCAGCUCCAACACAGCUGGGAAGGUGAGUUAAAUGACCUGAAAGGUCCUGAAAGUGUGUAAAGCUGUCAUUCUAAAUAAUAAGUGCUAUAAAUGUGCUUUUUGUUCCAGACUCUGCUGGGCAAGAUGUUCCAAUACAUUCAUGGAGGUGGGGAGACACCCCAGACAGAUGUACGUUGGAUGUCAGAGAGUGGGAUCAUUGAUGUCUUUGUUCUUCUUGGACCCACACCUCAUGAUGUGUUCAAACAGUAUGCCAGCCUUACAGGUGUGUAGAAUUUGUAUAUAACGGAUAUAAUACAACUUAAUUUCCAAGCAAUACAGGCAUACACUGGUAAAAACCUCAAAGUUUGAGAGCACAUCACUAGUCCUACGCAGUUUGCAAUCUAUCUGGAGUAUUGAUUAACCUCUUAAGAUAACAGAAUGUCAUAGUUUAGAUUUAGUCGAUAGCUGUGUUGAUUUAUGCUUUGCAUAGUCUGCCACAUUCAUGCAAUAUAAUCUAAUUAAAUUCUAACUUUUACAAAUAUUCCCUCCCUUUGCUUAAAGGACCACUAUAGUCACCCAGACCACUUCAGCUCAAUUAAGUGGUCUGGGUGCCAGGUCCCUCCGGUUUUAACCCUUCACAUGUAAACAUAGCAGGGUUAAUCCAACCUCUAGUGGCUGUCUUCCUGACAGCCGCUAGAAGAGCUUCUGCAACGCUGGAUGCGAAUUUAGCAGAACGUCAGUAGGAAAACAUUGAGAAAUGCUUUCCUAUGGACUGUUUGAAUACGCGCGCGGCACUUGCUGCGCAUGUGCAUUCCGCUCCACUCAGGAGCUGACUGCAGGGGAGGAGAGGUCACCAGCGCCGAGGGAGCCCGUCGCUGGAUUAAUGUAAGGGGGACCCUGAGGGUGAGGGUCCCACAAGGAUGACAGUGUCAGGAAGACGGGUUUGUUUUCCUGACCCUAUAAUGAUCCUUUAAGAUUCUGUUUUCCCUAGGCCCAGUAAAACAUUUACUGGGGUGACAUGUACAGCCCCAACACAGCGAUUUUGAUUUUAUUUAUAAAGCGCCAGCAAAUUCCAUAGCCCUGUACAUCACUGUUGCAUCAGUAUGCCAUGUUUAUUGGUAUAAUCAAUGAAAAUUGAUUGACAGGAAGGUUUUUUUAUUUUUUUAUUUUAAAUCUGUACUUUUACUGGAAAGUCUGAUAUCCCCUCAGGAUUGUUCACUGAAGUGUGAAUUGGAAUUCAAAGUGAAGUACAAAUUUCAGGCCAAAAUUGUUGAAUUGGAUUUUUUUUAUUUAUUUUUUUGUCUUCUGCUAUGGAUUCAUUUAAGCCACUUUGUGUUAACAAAAUUAAACUUAAUUUGAAUUUCCAUCAAUUUACACUUUUGUGACGAACCAUUGAAAGUUUACCAUGACGAACCAUUGAAAGUUUAGAUUUUUUUUUAUUUAUUUGUCUUGUUUCUUAUUUUUCUUUUCGUGAUCUACUUUCACUUAAACCAAUUAUUCAUGUACCAUGGCACUUUAAAAUGUCUCACCUGUAUGUUUGUUUGCACAGGGACCCAGUCUCUGCCCCCAUAUUUCUCACUGGGCUACCACCAGUGCAGAUGGAAUUACAAUGAUGAAGAUGAUGUGCGCAAUGUGGAUGCUGGCUUUGAUGAGCAUGAUCUGCCUUACGAUGUUAUCUGGCUGGACAUAGAACACGCUGAUGGGAAAAGAUACUUUACAUGGGAUCCUCACAAAUUCCCAACUCCUAAAGACAUGCUGAGCAACUUGAAGGAUAAAAGACGCAAGGUAAGGAGCACUAGAGUCAUCUGUCCCCACUUUAGUUAAUGGAGAUAGAUCCUCUGAUUGUUGCCUCCAUAUUGUCACACUUUUUGUGCUUAGCACUACUACACAACAUGUUGUUUUUAUGUUGUGUUUUUUUUGUUUUUUAGAUGGUUGCAAUUGUUGAUCCACACAUAAAGAUUGACAGCGGUUACAGGAUUCACAAUGAGAUUCGAUCGCGCGGUUUCUAUGUCAAAAACAAAGAUGGUGGAGAUUAUGAGGGGUGGUGUUGGCCAGGUAAGAAUUACUCGACCUUCAGAUGAGUGGCCAAAUGUCUUGAUUGGCACAUGUGACUGUGUGCUUACAUAUGUUGAAUAUUAAUACAUUUAGUAUACCUAUGUAAGACUUGUGUGCAGCAUUUUAUUAAUCCAUAUACAUUGUUAUUGCCCAACACCACAAGGCUAGAAUUGUUACUCUCCACAUGAUAGCCAUAUGUUUACCCUAUCAUCCACAGUCAUGCAUAGCUUCCUCCUAGACACAAACCCAUUUAUCCAUUCACAAACACGUUCUAUUUCUGUUCUUUGGGUAGAUGAGCUGUUUCAGUGGGACUCCCUGAUUGGGCUCCUUGGCACCGAUCUGUUCGUAGUUUCAUUUUUGCCUAGAAUGCAUGCUGUGCAUAUUGCGUUCAACUAAUUUGAAUAGCACAUGAGCUUUGUGGAGGAAAUGGGGGUGUCCUUCUGGUAGAACACAAACACAUAUGUUGCAAUGCAUUCCACUGUCAGAUGAUGGAGCUCAUACACAUUGCCAUAUUUUGAUACAGAGGAUAGUUAAAAUAUUAUGAAUGACCUAUUUAUUCCUCUAGUUUAUUUGUGCACAAGUCAUUGGGGAAAAGCCACCUCUUAAGCAGCACAAUUUUACCCCAGUAAAGGAUGUAGAUGAGCGCUUAAUUUCUUAUAAUCAGCGGAGACAAAUAUUUACAGGAAUUUUAAGUUUUCUAAAUAAUGGACUACUUCCAUCAGAAUUGUCGUCUAAGAUACUACACAACAAAUAGGAUGUCAAAAUACAUUUUUGGAUAAUGGGAGAUGAAUUUCUAAUGCUGAUUUUGAUACUUUUCGUCUAACAGGUUCCGCCGCUUAUCCGGACUUCACUAAUCCAGAAAUGAGGGCCUGGUGGUCCAGUAUGUUUGCAUAUGACCAGUAUGAAGUAAGUGAGAAACCUGUUAUAGCUGUAUGUUUUAUGAUGGCAGAACUACUUUUCCAUAUAUGUCUCUACUGCACUGUUUUCAUAGCAAUAUCCUCUAAUACAUGCAUUUCUGUUUUCUCCUUAGGGAUCCACGGAAAAUCUAUUUGUAUGGAAUGAUAUGAAUGAACCAUCUGUUUUUAAUGGCCCUGAAGUAACCAUGCACAAAGAUGCUAUUCACUGGGGAGGCUGGGAGCACAGAGAUAUACACAAUUUAUAUGGACUUUAUGUGGUAUGUAAAAGUUGUCCCGAGCACCUUUUCUGCCAACAUGUAUACAUAGCAUUUUAUGUAUUUGUUUAUUGUUGAGGGAGAAGCGCACAGUAAGUUAUUUGACUUCUUACUCAUCUAAAACCCUUUCAACUUUACAAAAAUUAUACUCUUUGCAGUUAUUAUAGCAGGGCUCAAAAUUUCAAGUCCAACCAGGGGUAUAACUUUCAGUUUCAGUUAGGGACACCUUCCUAGAACCCUGGUCAUUGAUGUUUUGUUUUUGUUUUUUUCCAUUAAAUUUCAAGUUUAUACAAACUUAAUCAAAGUGUAAAAAAAUAAAGACAAAAGAGGUUGGUUUGGAAAAAUUGUGUUCAGCUAUAGUCACAACCUUCUUGCCACAGUUACUCCAUUCAGAUUUAAUUUGAACCCCGAGCCCUGCUGGCUGUGUGUAAUAUGCAAAUCUGUCAUGAUGGCUGUUUGUGGAUAAUGUGUUUGUGCUGUUCUCACCAGAUUAUAUAGGAGUAAUUACUGCGGCCUGCACCGUCGUAGGUGCAGACAACAAGCUCCCUGUUGUACCCUGGACCCCUAAGAGCAGUCCUGCCUCUUGACCACGGCAAAAAAAAAGCCAACCUUGUGCCCAAAACUACAUGUCCCAGAUAUCUGACCAUACAACUUUCACAUCUCUGUCCAACUCUACUAGACCGUAUAAGUCACUUUAUCACUGUAUGCUUCAUGGGUCUAUGGCACAAUUACCAGGGUUGAAUUUUUACUUGCUAGUGGAGGAGUGUAGAUUUUGAGUCCUAUUUGCCACCUUUUCUUUUAAUUAUUGUAAUUAGUUUGUGUCUUAUGUGUAAAAUCUGUUACAAAGGUUAAACUCCUGUAGUUUACAAUUUAAUAUUUGCGCUGUGUAUGUGGCUAGUCUACCAUAUUACCUUUUAGUUGAUUAUUUGUUGUUGCAGUGAUAAUUACUAAAAAGCUAUUAACUGUGUAAAUAUGUAUGCCGGUAGUUGCAUAGCAUUAGCUUGGCAGCACUUUACAGUUUACUCAGACUCAUUCUUCUACUGUACUGUAGUAAUUUGUUGAAACUGCCUUAGCCAUAUCCGUGUCAAAGUAGAUGCACUGGUGGAGGCAGUUUUGUUAUAGUAAACUAUUUCUUAAUGCCUGAUGGACCUGUCCCUGAUGGUAAGGACCCAUGGUGAUGGCAUGGUUACCAAAUCUUGUGUCCUGAAACAGUGUGGAUGGAACCACUGAUGAAUGCUUAUAUAGUUGGGGUGGACAACCUUUUACCAGCUAUGCUAAAACAAGACUUUGAAGUCACUUGACAUGCCGGUCCUAUUAUUAUAAAAUAACCUGUGUAUGUUGCUCCAUGCUGCUUGUGUUAUGUAAUAGUAAUGCAGUUUAUAUGCACUUUCCACAGGGUAUACAAAAAGAAAAUAAAUCUUACUCCAUCUUGGAGACUUAAUAAACAAAAGUAUUCCUGUGACAAACUCCCCUUUGCAAGUGAGUUUGCCACAAGCUCCUGGAGGAACCUGCUUGCCAGCCUCCUACCCACAGACUAUGGGCCCGGCAGGGAAAUCUGUAAAAGACUGGCUUGGUUCAUGUGAUUGCCCUAUGCUUUUCGGGAACCGAACCGCCACACAAACUAUGGACCACCCGGGAGCUUGUUAAGCCUACUGGAUACACUUGCAACGAUCCUAACCGCAGUGUUCUAAUGGUUCGUCUGGGUGGCCGCCGUUCGUAUGCACAAACACGUGGUGGCGGCCAUCUUGUUUGCACGAAUGCAGGCAGCGGUGUUUGGUCGUCUAGUUCAUGGAACUGAAAACGAACACGGAAACUUCCGAACACCGCUGAAUUUCCAUGGUCGCCUGCAUUCGGUUUUAUUUAACUUCGAAGAACACUGUUCGGUGGGAUCAUUCGUCUGGAUUAAGGGAACAAGCUCCAUGGUAUGGCAAUGGAUUCUGUUCGGUAGUUUGUUCUUCCUUUUUUUUUUUUAACUACUGCACUUGAUCGACCGCUACCACUUUUUUUUUUCCUGGAACUGUUUUGGGCAUAUACCAUAUGUGCGGUCGGUCAAAUUAUGACUUCCAGGGAAAUUCCUGAACCGAUCUGGGUGAUCGUUGGAUAUUUGUGUGGUUUUUAAGUGUUUUAAAGGUAUUUUGGGGGUUUUGUUAUAUUGUAUGCUUUUCUGUGCCUUGAGAUGUGCCUGGCUCUAUUAUCUCUCAGGCACAGAGGAGGAGUUUGUAACUUGUAACUAGUCCCCUCUCAGGUUCAGGAGAGGGAUUAUCCUGUUUGUGUGGGAGUGUCAGGGGCGUGCUUAACUGUGUCUGAAAUUGGAUAAAAGCAGGCCAUCUGGCCAGAUUAAAACAUUCCAGCUUGUACUCCCAGAAUUGUGUGUCGUCUGGUUACUGGGAGAGGAAAGGCCUAAUCAUUGUUCCAGUGUGGAGGAUUUUACUGGGGGGAAGUCCUUGUAAAGACUAGACCUCCCAGGACUGAGUGUCGUCCAGUGCCUGGGGGUGGAUAGAGCGAGUUCCCUAUUCGGCUCCAAGAGGGAGCAGUUCCAGGGCCCCAGACAAGCCAUGACAACUGUGGGCAGAGGUGCUGCGGUUUGUCCCCUGUUCUAGCUAGGAAGUGGUCCAUGGUGGAGGUACCCAGCCAGGGGUACAGGGAGCUCCAUUGAAAUUCAUUACUGUCCAACUGGCCUGCUAAUCCAGUUCCCAGUUUUUAAGUUUAAACACAGCACUUUAAACAUACUCCUCUAGACUGUAAGCUCGUUUGAGCAGGGUCCUCAACUACCUAUUGUUCCUGUUACACUUUUUGUUAUUGUCUCAUUUGGUAAAAUCUUCAUUUUUUUUUUUUUUUUUAUAGCACUGCGGAAUAAUCUGGUGCUUUAUAAAUACCAAUAAUAAUACAGGCUUUUACACUGUACCUUUUGCUUUAGAGUCUUAGGCUUAACGGUCUCCUCUCUCCCAACUGUUAGACUCCCUGAUGCCUUCAGAGGCUGACCUUUUAAAACAUUAGUGCAGGUUAAUUACUUGCACCUGAAAGGGCUGACUUCCACCCAUUAACCCUAUCAUGCAGGGAAUAAAGAGCGCUCCAAUCUGUUAUUCACAUUGAAAGCCUCUCUGACCCUGCCACAAUACACAUACAUACAUGGAGUUGUGGGAGGGGCUAGUUUGGCUAUUUAGAGUCCUCACUUCUUGUCUCCUAUAACUGUAUUGUUGUCUGCAUAGCAUGUCACGUCCGGUUCCAGAUUUGCAAGUUGUAGUUUGUGACAACAAAAAAUAAUUUAAACAAUUGUUGCAUAAGGCUGCGACCUAACAAUAUAUGAAAAAAAAUUAAUGGGUCUGUAUACUUUCUGAAUGCAUUGUAGAUAUGUAUAUAAGCCUAUGCAUUUACUUAUAUUUUAAAGUAUGAAAAGAUGAAUUUUUAAAUUUGUUGAACAAUUUUGUAAUGCUUUUUUGCCUGUUUAGAGAUACAAAAAAAGAAAAUAUGGGGUGAGGUUAAAAAUAGCAAAGUUAAUAUUGCCAUUAUCCGGACCAUGUUAAAUGCUGGGAGAAGCCUUUAAUUGCUACAAUACUCGGUCAUAUUAAAAUAACCUAGCAUGUACAAUACUUGUUCUUUGACCAUUCCGGUGAAAGCUGCCAUAAUGAUGAUCGCUUUGUAUCUACCCCACCUUUACAGCAAAAGGCCACAGCAGACGGUCUGAUCCAGCGUUCAGGGGGAAAAGAGAGACCCUUUGUAUUGACACGGGCUUUCUUUGCAGGUUCACAGCGCUAUGGUAAGACUGUCAAAAUCAUUGCAGCUUCAUUUGGCAGAAGUACUUGAAUGCAGACACCUUAAAACAAGUUUUAUCUUCUUUGUGUAUUCCAGGUGCUGUGUGGACAGGAGACAAUGCCGCCGAGUGGGAUCACCUGAAAAUAUCUAUCCCCAUGUGUCUAAGUUUGUCUCUCGUUGGCAUAUCGUUCUGUGGAGGUUUGUGUUUGUUUCUCUUCUGUUUCAGCAACUUAUUUUUCACAAUUAUCCUAUUUUAUUCAUGCAUUUAUUUUAGAAUAUAUCCUACUUGCCUGAUUUCUCUUUCUCUAGCUGAUGUUGGAGGAUUCUUUAAAAACCCAGAAACAGAGUUACUUGUUCGCUGGUAUCAGGCUGGAGCUUACCAACCCUUCUUCCGGGCUCAUGCCCACUUGGACACUCCUCGUCGGGAACCAUGGCUUCACGGUGAUGACAAUUUAAAAUUGAUCCGCGAGGUUCUCCAGCAGCGCUAUGCUCUGCUCCCAUUCUGGUACACAGAGUUCUACCGUGCUUGGCGUGAUGCAGAGCCUGUCAUGAGGUGAGUGGAGAGACAAAUCAACUAGUUUGUAAAUUUUGUACAAAUUAAGAUGUAAACCUAAUGCAGAGCACUUAAAUCAAAGGAUCUUGACCAAGGAGAUAUUGUACUUAAAAUGUUUUAAGACUAAUACAUAGGAAGAGAACUUUGAAUUUGUUUGGAACAAAUUGGACAUUUAAUUAUUUUCUUUUUAGGCCACUAUGGGUUGAAUUUCCUACAGAUGUUUCUACCUUUGCUAUGGAUGAUCAAUACAUGAUAGGUGAGUUUCAAGUAUAUAAUUAAAGAAUGUAAGAAGAUUCUUUCAUAUACUGAAUUCACUCUGUGAGCGUUUUUGGUCCAGAAAAUUGCCUUGUUAGACUCAAAGUGUGGCCCUUUACACAUCUACAGUAUUUUACUGCUGUUAAUGCAAAAGAAGGUGAAAAACUCAGUUUUUAUUUCAUUGGAAAAAAUAUUACCUGUGAUCCAGUCGAAACAAGGUACCUUACCACAGCUUUUCUCUCCUCACCAAGAGUUCAUCAGGACCGAUAUUCUUCUGGUGAAUAAAAUGUUUUAGAGAACCAUUGGGAGGCAGGGCACAUGCACGUCAGUAGACCAUUUCAUUGAAUUGGUUAUAGUUUCUGGAGUCUUCUGGCACUGUCCCUCCAUUCAGUGUUAAACCAUUUUCCAGCAGUUUAACAAUAUAAAAUGGUCACAGGCCACUGACAGCCUGACCUCUACUGGAGAUAUGACUAAGGCAGAGAAUACAUAGUGAUACGUAGAGCUCUAGAGCCAAUUACGGGUGCUCAUUGCUUCUUCAUUGGCCCCAGCAGCAGAGGGGAUGGGCUGCUGGGGACUAUCAUUAGCAUUAAAACAUUAGGGAUUUAACGCUGAAUGGAAGGACUGUGCCAGGGAACUCCAGGCACUAUAAGCACUGCUAUAACACUGUAAAUCCCUUGACAUCCUGUUCCUUAGCCUCCACAUGUUACAAUAGCUUAAAACCGUAUUGUCUGUAGAUUUUGUUUAUUUUUUUUUACAUUUUAUAUUUUUUGUUUUAAUUAUAUUGGUGUAGUGAACAUCAGCCACUCACAGCGCAGUAGGAGGUAACAUUAGCUACAUUAUACCAUGAUUUAAGAUGAAAAGGGAAGUGCUUUGGGAGGAGUAUGCUGCUUUCCUGCAGGUCCCUUUAAACACAAUGGUUCCUUCUUUUCAUUACUGAUGGUAUAGUAUCUUCUGUCCUACAAGUAGAUUAUCAUAAAAAUGGUCUUACUUUCAGUGUGUUCAUUACUGAAUAAUUUUAAAUCUCAAGUGUUUAAUCAAAGUUACUGUUCUGCCACAAAGUAAGAUUACAGUAUAGUAGAAUAGAAAGCAUAAAACAUAAUUAAACAAUGUUAAUGUGUAAUAAGUUAUACAGAACUAGUCACCCAAAAUUGUUGCCUUUGAUUACUCACAAACUUUUUUUUUUUUUUUAAUAUAUUUCCUGCUAGUCUAUCCGGGGAAUGAUAGAGGUGGGGGGGACCUUUAGUGUACUGCCAGUUUAAAUAGUAAAACUAGAAAGUAAUAAAUUUAACUCCUGAACUUAGUUGCACAAAUUCACUAUAAUUUUGUAGAAACACACAUUUAUGAAGUCUGUCGAUCCCCUUAUUCUCCACCCCCUCUUUUGUGGUUCUGUAUUCUUCAAAUUUCCAAUGUUUCAGUUACAGUGGGUCUCUGAUGCUUUCAGAUUCACUUCCUCCCCUUUCUUUCGUCCCCAUUUUUCCUCUUACUUUGUCCAUCAGACCUUGAUAAAGACUUUCUGUAUGUACAUACACAGUGAGAUGCAUGGAUACAUAUUCUUAUUGCCUUUUGUAGGUUCUGCUCUCCUGGUGCAUCCUGUAACAGAAGCCAAUUCACGUGGGGUCCAGAUCUACCUGCCAGGGGUUGGAGAGGUAAAUAGAGCUAUUCACUUGUUUUCAUGUAAAGAAACAGCUGUUAACUACUGUAUUGUCUGUUAUCUCUAUCUCUUUUACUCCCAUCCUGCAGGUCUUUUAUGAUGUACACUCCUACCAGAAGUACGAGGCUCCUCAGUCAUUCUACCUACCAGUCACUAGCAGCUCAGUAAGUAGGGAUUCUUGCCGUUCAAAAAUACUGUAUAAACCUUUGUGCAACCUUUCAAAAACUACUGAAUCCUUCACAUUAUUUGCUUUUCAUACUUUAGUAUUCUGACUUUUUUUUUUUUCUAUCUGAAAAUUCCUGCUACUUCUGCCAUUUGCUUGCCUCUCUUUGUCAGUUCCCCUCACUGCUUAAAUAUACUUCUAGAUCCCAGUGUACCAGCGUGGUGGAACAAUCAUCCCUCGUAAGAACCGUCCAAGACGUUCCUCAGACUGUAUGCAUGAUGACCCUUUUACUUUACAUGUGGCACUUAAUCUACAGGUCAGUUAUUUCACUUUCUUGGUCUGAUAAUUAUACUCCUUUCUAAAGACCCCAUUUAGUCCUAUGAAACCAGCCACUCUUACUCUUCAUGUUCUGUCAUAGAUCAGUUCAAUGUAUAACUUCUUCACCAUUAUCUGUAUUUGUGCAAUGAUUCUUUCUUUUGAUUCUCUAGGGUGAGGCUCGAGGCGAGCUCUUCAUAGACGAUGGUCACAGUUUUAACUAUGAACAAAAUGAGUUCCUGUAUCGAGAAUUUAACUACAGUAGAGGAGAGUUGAAAUCAAGGUAUGUGGUGAAUGAUGAGGCCCUAUAAUUUCAAACAAAUUAAUAGUGUAUAGUCUUUUACUGCCUUGUGCCAAAGCUUUAAUAGCAGAGAGAAUAUGGAGACCUGUGAUGAGCAAGUUACAAAGAAAGAGAUGAGGUCACUUGCAAGGAACUGAGGAGUGUAAUAUCAAAUUUUGUGGGAGAACCGUACAGGUUAAAAAGGAACAUUAAGAAUUUGGAUGAGCUUUGAGUUAUUUGGAGAAUAAGAACUGAUAACCUGUCUCUUUCUUGCAGUUCCCUGGACCCUCGUGGAAAUUUUGAGACUUCAAGUUGGCUAGAGAGAGUAAUAAUUAUUGGAGCAUCACAGCCAACUAGUGUAACACUGAGCCUCUUAGGUAUGUUUUACUGCACAUAUCAUAGUUAUAGGGUUUAAUAAAUCUUUAGAUGGGUCAGGGCUUUGAGUGAUUGUUGCCAAAAAGGAGCACAGGGAAUGAAUGCCUUACGUAUAGUGCCACAUAAAUAGGAAAAAUAUAUGUAAUUGAAUUGUAUGAAGAAUGGGUCUCCCAACAUGACUGCAACAUGUUAUACUUGACCAGGUCCUUGUGUUAAAGUAUUCUUUUCUCUUUGCAGGAGGUUCUGAAACACCGCUGGAGUUUGAAUAUGACGCUCACACGUCUGUGAUUACUGUACGAAAACCAGGAGUAAACAUUGCAGCAGAUUUUACAAUAUCCUUGCGAUAACAUCAUAUAUUUCAUAUCUUGAAGGGGGAGGGAAGAGGAGGACUUUUUCUUCCCAAAUGUGAGGGCAUGAGGGAUGGACUUAAUCCAUGGACCAAAUGUGAGAUUAAAUUUGAGCGUUCGUAGAAUGGUGGCGAGUGUUUGCGUGAAUGUAUGUGGAAAUGCAUGAGAACGGACCUCUUCUGCACUUAUAGAAUGUGUGUGUGUAGCUGGAUCAUGCACUGUCGCUGCACCCGUCUCCCAACAGAGAGAGGGGCAAAAAAUGGAGUUCACUGCUCCAAGAUUCAACAAGAAUCUGCCAUGUGCCCCUCCUUCCCUAUUCUGCCUCCCCUCAACGUUUCUUUUUUUUUUUUUUUUUUUUACUCCUGGGAAUAAUAGCAUUGUGUCCCAUGUGAGAGGAUGUGGUAGUCUUCUUCACAUCUUACAUUAGAAAGCUACAAGCAAAAAAUAAAUACAAUUCUCAGGGCUGCAGCCUUUUAAGGGAAGGUCAGAAUCACUGUAAAAGGCAGGAAAUAGUAUAGGACACAUUAGCAUGGUGGGCUAACCCCUAAGAAAUGCCCUCCUCCAUCCACUCUCCCUGGUCUGUAUCUGAUGGAGUACAGGGGUUUUCUCUUGUAGUUUAUGGCUGGGGAGAUAUCAGUCCAGACCCUUGUGAGUGAAGGUUCGGAGGGAAGUUUCAAUCAUGUGACAAGACACAAUCCUCCUCCUCCUCCCUCUGGGGCCCUUAAUCCAUCACUCAUUUGAUUGGAAACAUUUUGAUAAGAUGAAAAUAAAAACCUAAAAUACAAAUUUUGUGUCAGUCAAUGUUUGCACAGUUCUGUACCUUCUACUAGAGUCCC